AUGACAAAGCAGAAAGAGAGAAGGAAAGAGAGCAAGCUGAGCAGGUACAUGAAGGCACCAUUAAGGUUUCUGAAGAAGGCAAGGGACAUGUACGUCAAAGGCAUGAUCGAGUGCUCCGGUCAGUUAUCCUAUGUGGAGGCCUCCAUUGGAUGCCCCACCGGCCAGCUCUGCACGCUUCCCAGAAGCUUCAGCGUCGGCUCGGCCACCCGAUCCACCACGAGCGACGACGAUUUCAAGGAGCUCGUGAGGGCCGCGUCGCUCCGGAGCUACGGCAAUCGCGUUCAGUUCGGUGAUGCUGCUGCCGCCGCGGUGAAGAAGAUGAAAAUGCAUCGGAGUCGCAGCGUGGGAAUAUUUGGAAGGAUCGACGAGGAAAAGGUGUGUGAGUUUGGAGAUGAUGGAAUCAAGGUUAGGCCUAAUGCUUAUCCAAGAAGUAAAAGUUAUGCUGCACGUAGAGACGGAUCAGCAAAGGACUGUUUUAGUUAA